AUGGAGUGUGUCACUGAUGAUCGCGUGCUCAAAGUUCUAAGCGAGUUCAAAGAGUACAAAAUUACUCUCGUGGAAUGGGAGACUCCUCUACUACAGCGCUUGGGAUACCCCCUCGCAUCCAAAGCAGAUCUACUCUUCUUGAUACCUAACGAGCAAAUAGAAGCUGCAAGACAUAUCGUUGAAGCAAAUGGCUUACAAGACAACGGCCGACCCCCAAGUUAUAUGGCCGAACACGCACGCAAGGGCAUUCGCUAUGUCUUUGGAGAGUCAAGUCACAAAUUCAUCCUAGUACCCAUUUCCUGGACAGGCAUUCAACAAAAGGAGCUCGUACCUCUUGAUUCAGCCACACUGCCAUGUCCCUUAUGGACAGUGCCCAUGCCUGCUAUUUGCGCUGCCUACUUGCGCAUUCUUAUGCGACCGGACAUCCAAACUAUGGUUCGUGCGAUGGCAAACGCAGAUCUGUCAGGAAUCGUCGCCUACAGCAUGUUUGAUAUGAGCUAUGAGGGGGAUUAUAUGCCUACACCAGAGGACUUGGAGCAUCUAGAUGCUGCUGAAAAAGAAAGAAUGGCUGAAAAGGAUGCUUUAGAGAUGGAAAAUGCGCUUUGCAGCAUAAAGCAAUGGCAAUUCACAGAGGAGACUGAGUGGGCAAGAGACAUGAUGCUUCAAUUAGUAUCUGGGAAGCUGUCGUAUGACGAUUUACGGCCAAGAAGUAGACCAACGUUGCGAUUAGAGCCAAAGGCGGAGGACACGCAGCUGAAAUAA